AUGUCAGACUCGACAACCAAGCCUCAAAAGCGUCCACCAAGGAGCGCGGGUAGGCGCAGGCUCGAUGCACCCGGAGAAGCUAUACUAUCUGAGGAUCGGCGAAGUCAAAUCCGCCGUGCUCAGAAAACCUAUAGAUUGAAGAAAGAAGCAACUCUUCAACAAUACCAGAAACAAGUUGCCUUCCUCGAAAAUAGGAUGAAGGAAAUCAGAAAUUCGCUUGCAGACUACAGGGUCACUCUCCAGUCUAGCCUAGAAGACACUCAUUGCGAACUUCUCAGGGAUUUUGACAGUAUCCUGAGUCUUCUUACUUGUUCAUCCGAGGACGUUGUUCAGAGUGUCAACGACAUUUCAUCAAGAGAAACUUCCAAAAAGUCCAUUCCACAGCCAUCCCGGAACAUCCAGUAUGAUGAACAUUUCACCAAUGAUGCUAUUUCUGGUCAGUACUCUAUUGCCGAACGAAGCUCCACAUGCAUUGAAACGCCCCCGGAAACCGAGGUCAGCCCGCAUCAAGAGAUCAGAGAGAUGGUUCUUUGUCCAUCCCCACUUGUCAUACAGGAACAGAGGAGAUUAGAUUAUGAUCAACCCACUGUGCAAUCUAUCGACCGAUUUGGUGGAGCCAAUGUUCCCGAUUCAUAUUCAUUCCUGGAAAGUUCGUUCACUCGAAGACUCAAACGAUCUGGUCUAGAACAUGCCUUUCGAAUAUUUAGUGAUCCACGCUCUGAUCCGCUUGAAGUCUUCCGAGUAUUUAGACUCGUCCCCUGUUUUAAGGAUAGGGCAAAGAUGUACCCUUACUUUAGGGACCUGGUUACUUCUGAACGAGGCGGUUCAUUGGAGAUUUCUACACUACCAUUUUAUUGUAUUGGGGGAGCUGGAACACAUUAUGCGACGAAAGAUGAAAAAGGGAAUUUUAUCUACCCACCGAAGAUGAGGCUCCCUCGAAGAAUACUCGGUACUCUGCCCAUGCCCGCAAUUCCAGGUGACCCGAAUUCUGCCCAACAGGCUCAGAGUAAUCUUGAGCUUUGUGGGUUUGGUGGGCAGUGGUUUGAUUGUCGCGACGUGGAAGGAUAUCUUAGAGAGAAAGGUGUGGACUUGGACGGACCUGGUUUGUUUCCCACAGUGCAUAAUUUAGCACCGAGUCCUGGUCAAUCUGAGCUUGAACCUGGUUUAUUGGAAACCCAAUAUAUAUCAUCUUCCGAAACCCAGACUACUGACGGCAAGUCGGCAACUGCGAGACCUCAAUUUUGUGCUGAAUGCUUACCAUGUUGUGACACAGAACGAACUCUUCAAAUUUCCGUUGACGGAAUGUUGGACGCCACUGGCUUACUCUGUACAUUAUGGAGCAAAUAUCGGUUGACGAUUGCCAUUACCUUCAUCAGCUAUAUAACAUUGGUUGGACUUCUUCGAUACCGCCGCAUGGCGAAGAUUGAGGCCCCAUUCGCUCCUGGCAAGAAAGACUUGUCAGAAAUGACGGUCAAAGAAGCGCAUGAUAUAUUGAACCAGUUGCAAGAGCUCGAAUUUCCACAUGCGUUUUCUAAAGCUCGCAAAAUUGCUCUAUUGAAGGCUGGAGGUAUCCCGACUAUGUCCAAGCUCUUCGCUGUUACAGGCCAAAACAACAAGCGAAAUUCCGGGAAGCGCGCUGUUGAUACGGAAAUCCUCUUGCGAGAAGUGCAGUCCAAACCUCGGGAUUCUGAUCGUUAUACAACAGCCGUGGCUAGAAUGAAUUAUCUCCAUGCUCGUUACCGUCGUGCUAACAAAAUAACGGAUAAUGAUCUCCUCCAUACUCUGGGUGAUGGUCUUGCCGAGAUCGUGACUGUCGUUGAAAGAGAAGAAUGGCGCAAGCUUACCGACGUUGAAAAAUGUGCUCUCGGUAUCUUUCACAAGAACCUGGGAGAAGACAUGGGAAUCCCUUUCGAUGCGCUUCCUUCAAAAAGUGACGGAUGGAAAAAUGGUGUGCACUUUGCGAUUGAAUUGAUGGAGUGGACAGUCCGGUAUGAGGAAGAAGUGGCAAAGCCCACGGCAACGAACGAUCAAUACGUUCGAGUCUACGUUGAUUCAGCAUUGUCGUCACUCCCUGGGUUCAUAAGAACGACUGUGCGAAAGAUGCUGGGUAAUGACUUGGACGAUGUCAUGAGAACGAGCCUUUGUCUUGAAUCCCCUGGCCCAGUCCUCUGGUUCCUACUAGCAUUUAUCCGAGAAGCAAGAAAAGUAUUUCUCCGAUAUCUUGCACUUCCACGGUCUUCAUCCAGUGCUAUUAAACUUGUGCAAGACACACCAAACCAAGUAACGCGUCUAUAUAAUUUCGAAAGAAAAACCCUGCAGCCAUGGUACGUCCAACCAACUUUCUGGUCAAAAUGGGGACUCGGCGCAUUCCUGGUUAGAGCACUGGGAGGGAAGGUGCCCGGGUCGCGAGGAGACCGAUAUCAACCAGGAGGAUACGACUUGAUGACGAUCGGGCCGGAGCCACAGAAGGAACAUGGGGCGGAGGAGAUGAGAUCCGACAUUGAGGUAAUCAAAGCGAGAGGUGUGGCUACAUGUCCGUUCUCACAGGCUAAAGCAAAGUCGGGUCACUUCGAGUGA